AUGAGGAGGAUCGGCUUUAGCCGCAUCCGGAGAGCGGCAAUCAUCGUAUCCUUGCUCGCUGUGGGCUUCCUCCUGAACCGUGCCACUCGGUCCCAGGUCCAGUGUUGCGAGCCGAGUCAAGUGAACGUGCGAAAACUGUUGACGAACCACAAGACGAACGGCACGUUCGAUUUUCAUCCGGAACGAGGCAUCCGCGACAAGUGGGGCAAGUUCGCCGUUCACCCUUUCGUCAGGACGGGCACGGAGUGGGACGUGUCAUCGAUGACGAGCCGAGUGUGUGCCGCGACUCACGUCACCAUGGAGAGACUCUAUCAGCUGGUUGACGUGAGUCGAGUGUGGAAGGGACCGAUCUCAACGGCCGUCUUCACGCCGGAUGUGGAGGCUGACGUGGGACGCAGAAUCGUGGAGAUGCUGCGUCGGUGCGUCCCGGAGAUCCGUCGGCAAGUUUCCUUCCACUUCGUCACGGAUCUGGAGCAUCCCCCAAAACUUCUUCCCGAAGAAGGGGACUCCGAAGUGAAAUAUGACGAGUACCUCUGCUCGAACUUGGAACCGGAGAUCGAAUCUCUGCUAGCAAAGAGGUCUCCUGGUAUGAUGGAGUGGCGGGUCCCCCUGAAAUACCCUCAGAAUCUGAUGAGGAACGUGGCCCGGUCGUCCUGCAACACCCCUUUCACGUUCCUCAUCGACGUGGACAUGGUCCCCAUGCCCGGCUUGAAGGAGUCCCUGGAUGGCUUCCUCGAAUCCCAGGGAAACGAGAGCACCAAGUGCGUGUACGUCAUCCCUACCUACGAGAUCCACGACAGCGUCACCGUGCUGCCUCGGAACAAAACGGAGUUGUUACGGCUGGUGAAGAAGAAACUUGCACAGCCGUUCCACGUGAAGGUGGCCGUGAGGAACUCGCAAUCCUCGGACUUGCGGAGAUGGGCGUCCAUCCCCGAGUCCCCCGACCUCGAGGUGGCCUACAACGUCACCAAAUAUCAGAUCGGCUACGAGCCCGUCUACGUGGCCCGUGCCGACAUUCCCCCCUUCGACGAACGCUUCCUCGGCUACGGCUGCACCCGAUACACUCAGGCAUACGAGAUGUACGUGGCGGACUACCAGUUCCUGGUGCUGAACAACGCCUUCACGUCCCACCGGGGCUUCCAGACGAUCAGCAGUCGGCCGGGUUGGAGGGCGAAGCAGCACCAGGACAACAUGAAGCUCAUGCGUGGUUUCGCAGAAGAACUCAAGAUCAAGUACAAGAAAGAUCCGAAGAAUUUCGUCAAACAUGCCAAAAUGCUUUCGAAGGUCCGGGUGACGUACGGGAAGCCGAAGUGACGUGUAACUUCCGUCUAUUAAUUAUCACUAUUAUUAUUAUUAUACCGGAUCCAGUGUGUUCUGGAGUUUUACUUUGAGUGAGUGCGGGACGCAGACCUGUCACAUUGUUGGGGCCGUGUGAUAUCUUGUUCAUGAUU